GCAGCCCUAUUAAUCGGUCAAAUAAACAAAGAAGAAGAAGAAGCUGUCUGCAAUUCUGAAAAAAUCGUGAAAUAAAUACAUUUAAACGUUUGCAAAUGUUUGAAAAGAAGAGCGACAAGGCCAAGGAGAAUGAGCGAAAGCCUCGCGACGAUGGCAUUGAGCUGGAGAGCCACUUUAUAAUGCGUGUACCGAAGGAAAUAGCCGACACUGUCCACGAAGCCAUUCAGGCGGGGAACAUAAAGGAUAGAUUAUCCAUUCAAUUGGAUCAGGACCUGCGAUACGGUGAGGUCCGGCUGGAUGACCAGUUGUUCUACACGAAGCUCGUGGACCUGCCCACGGUUGUGGAGAGCUACAAGACCAUUGACAACAAGAGCUUCUAUAAGUCGGCAGACAUUUGCCAAAUUCUGAUCUGCAAAGAAGAGCCCGAUGAAGAGCCCGAGAAGGAGUCGCCGAACAAGAACAAGAAGAAGGAUCCCAACAAGGUGGACAAGAAGUAUUUGUGGCCGCAUGGCAUAACACCGCCCUGCAAGAACGCCCGCAAGCGUCGCUUCCGCAAAACACUGAAAAAAAAGAACGUGGAGGCACCCGAAAUCGAGAAGGAGGUCAAGCAUUUGCUUCGCAUCGACAACGAGGCGGUUCGUGUCGACUACGAGAUAAUCAAUGAGGAGGACAAGCCCUCCGACGAUCUGGAUCAGUCGGAUAUGAAGCAAUACAACGACGCGGAUGAUGAAAUGCAGGACGACAACACCAUGAAUGCCAGCGAAAAGGCAAUUAAUGAUAAUGGCAUGCAGCGCGAUAUCAAUGUGGAAUCGGAUGAUGAUGAUACCAGCAAUUUCGCCACUCAACAUCGUGCUCCCAACAUGGGCGUGGCAGCCCACGACAUCUUCGGCGAGGAGGUGUCCACCACAGAUGAUGAAGACGAUGGCGAACAGCGGAACAACACAAUGCAGCGACGCGAGCUCGAGGAUUCCUCCCGCCUUUCAGCAGACGAUUCACGGAUGUCCGACUUCUUUGGGGCCAGCACCAGUGGUGCUGGCGGAACCAGCGGCAUGAAAAUGGAAGAGAACGAAUUUACCAAAGCCAUGUUUGGCCAAGAUCCGAGCAGUCCCAAAUUGAGUGCGGCUGGCUCCAGCUCAAACCUGGCAGCUCCAAGCGGCUUCUAUGACAGCCAAAUGCUAACGAAACGAGAGGAGUUUGAGAAUAUGGAGUUUAUGGAUGAACCGCAGCCACAGUACACACAACAGCAGGUGCACGAGAAGAUCAACCAGCUAACGCGACAGCUCAGUGAGCUGAAGGCCCAGCAGACGCAAAAAUCAAUGGAAAUUGCAUCCAUCCAAAAUGCCACACUAAAGCAGCGCAUGCAAGAGACCCUGGAUAAUUUGUACACGCAGGUUAUUGAAAGAGAGCUGGAGCUUAAGGACUUUGAGAAUAUGCUAGAAUCCUAGGAACAAGUAGUUUAAAUAGAAUAAGUUUAAAGUGCAUCAAUAGAUGGUUGUGUCUCUGUAUCGUUAUCGUUCUUUAGACCUGGUUUGGAUUUGUAUUAAGAUCAAACUUGGUUUAUUUACUAUUGCAGGGCUGAAAAGCAAUUAACGUUUACACGAUGCACAUUCAUAUUCCACAAUCUCCAUCUGAAAUGAUGCAUUACAACCAUUGACCCAAUGGCGGCGGCUGAUUGAACAGACCUUGCCAUGGGAUUGCCAUUGCACCUCGAAUACGAUGCUGUUAUCUGAUAUGUACUGCCAAUUUCUUACAUCCAGUUUUGUUGUUUUUAUGAUCAUAAUGUCUUUUAUUGGCAUUUGCAAUUAACAAACGUAUAUUGAUAUUCAAAAGUAAAGUGCAUUUUGCACAGAUAGACAACAUA